AUGAAGAUCUACAUUGUAGUAAACUUUUUGGUGAGAACGAAAACUAGGGCAGCUACGACUUUCUGGUUGAUCACCAUCCUACAUCUUACUGUGACAUGGUAUGUUGUGAACCACAGGAGCAAUCGUAAAAGUACAUCAUUCAAUCUUUUCAUCCAGACAAGUCCGUACAUGAUAAGCAAGAAUAUGACAGUUACUGAACAGCCAACGACAAGUUACGAUAAAUUAUUGCAACAGAUCAGACUUGGAAUGGUCAAGAGAGAGUUAAAUGUUGUUUCACUGACCAAUGAAACCAUUUAUCCUGCCAACAGAAUUGGCAACUAUAUCUUCUCAAAUCCUAAUCUCUGUGAAGAUGUUCCAAGUAUCGAUUUCAUCAUUAUCGUGCAGACAGCAACUACACAUUUUGAAAGAAGACAACGAAUCAGAGCCACUUUUGCGAACACAUCUUUGUUUUACCCAGCCCAAAUUCGUACUGCUUUCUUAUUGGGUAAAGCGAACGAUAGCGCAAUAACGGAGAAGUUAUGGCAGGAACAUAGAACAUACAACGAUACGGUUAUGGGAGAUUUCAUCGAUGAUUAUUACAACCUUACAUUGAAGGGAGUCAUGGGACUCCGCUGGGUCAAAGAUCACUGUCCAAAUGCUGCUUUUGUGCUGAGAAUAGAUGACGACGUAGUAAUAAAUAUGUUUACACUAGUUUAUUUGUUCUUACCACAAAUGAAAACAAAGAAAAGAACAAUUGUCUGUGAGGUACACGCAAAUAAUACAUUGUCAGUAGCAAGAAAUGGUAGAUGGAAAGUCGAUUCUCACAUUUUCCCAAAUAGGACAACAUAUCCGUAUCCAUACUGCGCAGGUUAUACUGUAUUACUAACCCCAGACUUGAUUGACGAAUUGUACCAGGCAGCAAAGGUUACACCUUUUUUCUGGAUUGAUGACAACUAUCUGUUUGGGUUGUUGCCAUUUGUUAUUGGGAACAUCAAUUUUACAAAUUAUGAAUUGUACAGAUUUCUAUCACCAUUAUAUAAGAAUGCUAUAAACUGUACGUUACCACAAACAUGGCGAUGCCCAUUGUAUACUAUUCUUAUAAAAGACAAUGAAUUCUGGCCUUUGUGGUACAACAUUAAAAGCAUGUACAGUACUAUCAAUUGGAGCAGAGAAGCUACAAACCAGGGUGGAAGGCAGAGUAAAAUAUAA